AUGGCGGCGGCGGACGCGACCACGGCCAUGACCAUCGACUUCCUCCGCGCGCGCCUCCUCUCCGAGCGCUCCGUCUCCCGCGCCGCCAAGGACCGCGCCGACCAGCUCGCCAACCGGGUCGCGGAGCUGGAGGAGCUGCUCCGGGCGGUGACGGCCCAGCGGCGGAAGGCGGAGCGGGCCGCCGCGGACGUGCUCGCCAUCCUCGACUCCCAGGGGUUCGGCCGCUUCUCCGACGCCGCGGAUUCCGGCUCCGACGACGACGGCGCUGGUGGCCCCGAGGCCGCCGAGCACGGAUGUGGCGGCGAGGCCCGCGGGGAAGCGGAGGAUGCGCUGUCGGGCUCGGAGCUGGGAGGCCCGGCCGGGGCGCCGCAGCCCGGCCCCGGGGGGCUGUCGUGGAAGGGCCGCGCCGCGAGCCCUGACGCGGACCGGCGGCAGCCGCAUCACAGGGCCAGGCAGCUCAGGCAGCGGCACGGCCAUAGCCACAGGAGGAACAGCUACUUUCGCUCGCUCGUCGCGGAUUCCUCGCCCAAGUACCAGCCGGGGCAGUCGUGCCGGAAGAUCAAGAGGAAGGAGCCGAGAUUGCGAACUGAAGAUGAGGGGGGCAAGGACAAUGCCGCCGGGGGUCUGGGCGAGGAGAAGGAAACAUCAGAUUGUACUGUCUGCACCGACGAGCAGCGUGAUUUGGAUGGUGGUGAGGCGAGCCAAGAUGGGCGGGGUUCUUCUUCUGGUGAUGGGGGAGUUCAGGAUGGCAACGAGAGGUACACCGUGGAGUAUGAGAAGGACGGGGAGAUGGAGCGGGUGCUCGAGAAGCAGGCUGAGCUGAUUGGGCAGUAUGAGGCAGAGGAAAACGCUCAGAGGGAGUGGGAGAAGAAAUUCAGCGGAACCCGGGAUUCAACUUUGGGUGAUAUUGACCGGGACAAUAAGUUAAACCAGAAUGAAAAAGCUUCGGAGCUGAGGGGCAGAGCUGGUCAGAUUAUGACUAAAGAAGUAGUGCGUGAAGACGCACCGUCAAGAGGUAAACAUCUGUUUGGAAUCAACAGUCCCUCGGAAUGUUUGUUGAAUGGUUCUGUCUCUGACUUGUCAUCAAAUGUUCCAGAAGUAAGGGCUACUGGGAAGUGCAAAGAAUCUGGUAAUGAUUUUGGGUGGGCUACUCCAGUAGUUGCUUCAGUUGAUAGUGAAUUGCAUGCCAGGAAGGAUGAGCUGGUACAUAGAAGUUACACUGAAAUUAUUGAUGGGAGUGGGUGUAGUAAUCUUGGAAGAUCUGCUUCUUUGCCACAAAAAGGCUAUACUAGCAUCCCAAUUACAGGACAUAAUAAAGGUCAAGGAGAUGGAAAUUCAGAUAGUGGUUCAAGCUACCAUGUGAAUGCUCGCCCUUAUGAGCACUACAUAACCACACCAUCAGUUGGAAGCCCUUUAAGCGAUACUCCUAAAAGUAAAAUGUCUGAAUGGAGUUCGUCAUGCUUUCAUAACCAUACUGAUAAUCAGAUUGACAUGCAGCCGCAUCAACUCUCAAGUGAUGAUAUUGGAGGUGUCCUAGAUGCCCUUCAACAUGCCAAGAUGUCCCUCCGAGAAAAGCUGAGCAGGGCAAGUCCACCCAGACAGGACAUGUUAGCACUUCCAGCACCAGAGGAUCACUACAUAGAGGAUGAUUUGCAAUUCAAUGACACACAACUUCCACUUUGCAUGUCUCUUAACCAGGAAAUAUUGGCACUGCCAGUGUCAGGAGGCUACCUAAGCAGGAUCAGUUUACCAGGUGAUGAUGCAAAAAUACCAGUUAGCUCUUCUGGUUUGUUUCGGUUGCCAACAGACUCGUUUCCCCAAAACGAGGUGUGCUCUACUGAUGGCUAUGGCUCAGAGUUCAGUUUGGUAUCAAGUCAGCAGACCAUAUUUUCAAGAAACCCUGCUAGUCAUAUGAUGUCAACUUCAUCUCUUUACCAGCAUGGUUCUAGUAUCUCACCAAAUCCAUAUCAUGAUCCUCACAGUUCAAUGUUAUUGUCAAAGUCUGCAAAAGGGGGUGCUUCUUUCAUCCCACAAAUUCGAAGGUCUAGCGACGAUACAAGAAGAGGAAUGCCUUCUUGAGAUGCAGGUAUGCUUACCUAGCAUGGCAGUGCUUACAAUUAGUAGCUGUAGCAGCUAUGCAUGAUUAGGGUCCCAAUAGUCUUUAAGCUAGAAGCUGUUUGUUGCGUCGUAUGGUUUGAUAAUGAUGUGUUAUGUCGUAUUGCUAUCCAAGAAGAAAAUGUGUUUAUAAGCAGCC